CGCAAUAUUUUGACACAAGUACAUUUGUGCAAAAACUUGAAGCUGAAGGAUUUACUCGGCAACAAAGUGAAGCUAUAAUGAAAUCAAUGUCUGAAGUAUUGGAUGAAAGUAUGAAUAAUCUAAUUAAAAAUUUGGUAACAAAGGCUGAACAAGAGAAGACAAUUUACAAAUCAAAGGUGGAUUUUGCACAGUUGAAGUCUGAAAUACAAAUGUUAGAAAAGAAUGAUUUUCAAAUAUUGAAGACUGACAAUGAAAGAAUAAUUAGCGAGGUAGAAAAAUUAAAUCAAAAGCUAACAGAAAGUAUUAGACACACACAAGCUAAUGCGAAAUUGGAAUUAAAUUUGGAAAAGGGUAGAAUAAGAGAUGGUGCUAGUACAUUGGAAUUGAAAAUCAAAGAAACUGAUUCAAAAAUUGAUGGCGAAAUAGGCAAGUUGAAGACUCAAAUGGAAUCCAUAAGAUUUCAAAUAUUACAAUAUAUUCUUGGUACAUUGACUGGUGCUGGUGCUUUAAUUUUAGAGUAA